AGUUGUGGGAAGUUGGGGGGGUGCACGAGGCCAUUCAAUCUACUAGGCUGCAUCAUGGCGAUCACUUUUAAGAAAUUAUUUGUUGUUCAUUUUACCACCAUAAUCGGAUUGUGCUGCUGUUUCCGUAAAGAUGUGAACCCAGGGGAGAAUCCAAACAUACCAGCAAUCGCCAAAUAUUUCACCACGAAAGGGAGGUACGAGGAAGUGAACCCGCAUCUCAUAGAGGACAUACUGGCUGUAAACAGAUCUAUUUUGCAGCCUCCGUCGUCGCAAUGUCGCGAAAUCCAUGUGACUGCGAUAAUAAGACACGGGACAAGGUACCCCACGGUGAAAAAUGUGAAGAAAAUGCAAACGUUGUACGACCUGGUCAAGAGCAGCGCCUCAGGUAAAGAGAGCUGGCUGCGUGAGAUCCAGAACCAGUGGACGAUGUGGUACACAGAGGACAUGGACGGCAGACUCGUCCAGAAAGGAGUGAACGAUCACAAGCAUCUGGCAGUCCGGCUGUCAAAGCUGUUUCCAUCAUUGAUCACAGAGGAAAAGCUCAGAGGUGGUCUGAUCAAAUUCAUAACCAGCUCAAAGCACCGGUGUGUCAACAGCACACUGUCCUUUAAGGCAGGACUGACAGAGCUUUGGGCCAUUACAGAUAAGGACUUUGACCAUGUAGUGAACGAUGCCCUCAUGAGGUUUUUUGACCAGUGCACCAGGUUUGUGGAGGAAGUUGAUAAAAACCCUUCAGCUCUGUCGGAGGUGGACAAGUUCAAGCAGGGACCAGAGAUGAGGAGGGUCCAGGAGAAGAUCGCAGACCGUCUCAGGGUGCCUUACAACACCAUAUCAGACGAUAUGGCCGAAGCUGCAUUUUACCUGUGUGCCUAUGAGUUUGCUAUCAAGACCGUGAACUCCCCCUGGUGUCGGCUUUUUGACGAGGUUGACGCACAGGUGAUGGAGUAUGCAAAUGACCUGAAACAAUUCUGGAAACGAGGCUAUGGUUAUGAUAUAAACAGUAAGUCGAGCUGCAUCCUCUUCCACGAUGUUUUCAGUCGACUGGACAGAGCAGCCAACGAGAACGAGUCAGGCCAGCAGGUGACAGAAGCUGUGACAGUCCAGGUGGGCCAUGCAGAGACCCUCCUGCCCCUCCUCACCCUCCUGGGCUUCUUCAAAGACAACGACGCCCUGACUUCCUUAAAUUACGCCACACAGACCCAACGCUCCUUCCGCACCAGCAACAUGUUACCAUACGCCGCUAACUUACUCCUGGUGCUGUACGACUGUGGUGACGGUGACUUGAGACUGCAGCCUCUGCUCAACGAGAAGCCUGUCACUUUCCCUGGUUGGACUGAGGCCUUCAUACCGUUCUAUCAGGACGUCAAAGAGAACUACGAGGAACUGCUGCAAGGCUGUGACUUUGAGACUGAGUGUCAGCUGUUCAAGAAUCCUGAAGUCUGACAUAGAAGGCAUGAUAGUGGCUUAAUUUAGUUUAAUCUGAAAAAUGGAGUGAAUGGAAAAUGAACAUAUUGGGAUCACUUUAGCCAGAAUGCCUCUACUAUGCAAACAUGAACAUAUCAGUAUUUGACUACGCCUUAGAAGCAUUUCAUAUGUUCGGAUUGUCUGAAAAAAAGUAAUCUUAACCAGAGACUUUGAUUUCAAGGUACCUGACUAGUACAUUACUUCUGCAGUAUUUUUUUUUUAACAAGGCUUCUUUUGAUGAUUGCACAAGUUAGAGCAGGAACAAAAGAUUGUAUUUUUGCUGUGUACACAUUUUAUAUAUUGUUCAUAGGAAGUUUAGACAUGUACUGUAGAUGCAUCACUUUGCUUUUUCCUGAUUAUGAGGAAGCACUGAGACAUUUCUUGAAGUUUGCUGACAUUUGGAAGUGGUAUGUCAUCACAUCACCUAAAUAUGUCAUCCCUUGUUUAAGAGAAAGCCAAAGAUUGUGUUAUCACUGUAACAGAAACUUCAUACAGUAGUGUUUUUUUACUUUAUAAAUUCAUUACAGGUCAUUUAAUCUUUCUAGUAGCAUAGAAUUGGCACAUCUGUUCAUUCAUCUGGUCAUUGUGGUGCUCUGGUCCAAAUAUCUUCUUUUGAGAUUGAUAAUAUUUCAACAUUUGUGUUACGUUAUCAAUCUUUUUUUUUUUUUACAGUUACUCUGGUCACUGAUAUACAAUUUUACUAGUUUUAAAUAUGAAAGAUGUGUCUCUGAUGGCCCUUCACAUUCUAGACAUGGUAAGUUGUUAUCAAUGUUUUACAGUAUGGAAAUUCUGUAUUUUUCCAAUAUGAUGUCAGCUUGUUCUUUACUUUAAUACCUACUAUAAUACAUAUUUGAAUAAAAUAUAAGCUGGA